AUGAAAGGCUUCAACGCAGAUAUGGACAAUGCACUCGCAAAAUUCCCAUCUUUGCCUUCCAUGGAAGAGCUGACCAUUAGCCUGACCUUGCAGUCGGCGAACGAGAUAUGGCCGGUGACCCUGCUAUACAAGCUCAUGUCGAGCCGGAUACGUGUGCUCACCAUCGAGUACUGCGAUCCCUGGGUGACCAGUGUUGCGUUUAGUGACGUUCAUUGCUCCUACCUGGACAGCAUGUUGGAAGAAUCGCGUUACCCCUCGCUUGAGAAGGUUCGCUUGGUGGUUCGGGCUGGCGGUAGGGAAUUGUCGGGUAGCGAAAUACGCUCUGAGAUCGCACAGCGGCUCCCGAAUCUAGUCAACCGUCGCGUAGUUCAAAUGGAACUGAUAGAUGACGACGAGAUUGUCCCUUACCAUACAGAAAUCGUUCGACUGGGCGCCAGUGAAGGAGGGACUCCAGAGGCAGAGGUGCAGGUCGUGCCACAAGACGACUCAUAG